AUGUCAGGAUAUCAACGAAGCUUUGAGGCCGAAGAGGCCUCCUUAAGGCUUAACGGCGACAAACACGCAUCUGUUGGCAUGCUCUUUUCUGCUAUCGCAAGUAAUGUUUAUUAUUUUGUUGCCUUCUCUGCUGCUUCUAGUACUAUCCUAUGA